CCAAUAGUUAUCGAACUAGAGAAAAUGAAAAACAUUUGUUCCAAUUUGCUUAAAAUGGGUUUCAUUGGCGGUGGGAAAACGGCACAGGCUAUGGCGAAAGGUUUUAUAUCCGCCGGCUUGGUGAAGGGAGAGAACAUCACCGCUAGUUUCAGCCCACAAGACGAUGUUAAUUUGCAAGCGUUCAAAGCGUUAGGCGCUGGGACAUAUCUAGACAGCGUUCCGGUCGUGAAACGGUCGGAAGUAGUGUUCAUUACGGUCAAGCCAUGGGUGGUUCCAGCGGCGUUGAAGCAAGUGCUAACCUGUAGCAAAGACAAACUGUUUAUUUCGGUGGCAAUGGGAGUUAAGCUGAAGGAACUGGAAGAGUCGCUGCUUCCAACGGCACGCGUCAUCAGGGUCAUGCCCAAUACGGCUACUUUGGUCCGCGCCGGAGCUUCCGUAUUCGUGCGUGGUUCGGCGGCAACCGAGGAUGAUUGCUCUCUGACGCAAGCGCUGCUAGAAUCGGUGGGGACUUGCGACGAGGUAACGGAACAACUGAUAGACCCCAUCACUGCCUUGUCGGGAAGCGGCCCGGGUUAUGUGUUCACCAUGAUUGAGGCGAUGGCCGAUGGAGCCGUCAAAAUGGGCCUUUCGCGUGAUUUGGCGUACAAAUUGGCGGCCCAGACGGUUAUGGGAGCCGGCAAAAUGGUUCUGGAAACGGGAGCCCAUCCGGGGCAGCUGAAAGAUGACGUUGCUAGCCCGGGAGGGUCAACCAUUACGGGAUUAUCAUUUUUGGAGAAGAAUGCCUUUCGUUACAUUGUCAGUGGUGCUAUCGAAGCUGCUACCCAGAGAUGUCGCGAAGUUUCAGGAAAGGAAUAAAGGCCAAAACUCCAUACAACAAACUCUGAGAAAAAAUAUGACGGUUAUGUAUGUGCAAAAGGUGAUCAUCCAUCCAUAAUAAAUAUCAAUGUUUCAUUGAAAUAUAGGAAUGAAAGGUUACGAAGCACAAAGUCUUAAGUCUUCCUAUGUAUUGCAUUGUCUAUCAACAAAUUAAAGGUUUUAUUAAAUUGG